UGGAGGUCCUGGGAAAAGUGGAGUUGGCAGCAAGAGAAACUGAGAAGUGAAGCCCAGGAGAGACAUGCCUGCUGACGAGAAUUUGCCCCAAAUGUGCCAGGUCCUGGGUCCACAGGAGCAGGAUGGACCAUGUGAGGGAUCGGUGUCAUUUGAGGAUGUGACCAUGGACUUCAGCAGGGAGGAGUGGCAGCAACUGGACCCUGCCCAGAGAUGCUUGUACUGGGAUGUGAUGCUGGAGAUCUACAGCCACCUCCUCUCCGUGGGGUAUCACAUUCCCAACCCAGAGAUUAUUUCCAGGAUGGAAAAAGGAGAGAAGUCAUGGGUAAGAGGGGCUCAGCUCCCACAUCAGAGGCAUCGAGAAGGGGUGUUUGGACUUAAAACCUCCCAACAGAAAAUAUUUGAAAAAGCUUCAUUUCACGAUGAUAAGGAAAGUGAAGUCACAAGAAAUGGUUCGUGGUGUUCCAUUUCAGAAGACCUGUGGGAACAUGCCAGUCAUACAGUGAGGAGUCAGUGGAAGCAAAAUGAACCUGCACAGCGUGGGGCCUUCCUCAACAGGAAAACACUGGAUACAAAGAGAGACCGUGAACGGAAGGACUCUGGAAAAAUCAUUCAUGUGAGGCCCCACCUUGUUUCUUCACAAAAAAGACCUCGUAAACGUUGCUCAUUUGCAAAAAGUUUGAAGCCUAACCUAGAAGUAAAUCAUCAAAAUCAAAGUGACAGCACAGAACGCCUUGAUGAGCUUGUUGGCUCUGGCCAGCUGUUCACCCAUAGCUCUUCCCAUGCUGGCUGCAAGGGUAUUCAUCCAGGAGAGAACUUCUGUGAUGGGGAUCAAUGUACGAAAGUCCUCAGCCGUAAACAGUCACGCACACAGCAUCACAUUCGUAAUCAGGAGAAACCCGAUAAAUGUGCCGAAUGUGGGGGGGGCUUCCCCCAGAAGCCACCCCUCGAGCAGCAGAGAUUCCAUAGCGUAGAAAACCUCCAGGAAUGCAGCAGGUGCGCAAAGGGCUUCACCCCUCAACCAAAGCUCGGUGUGUAUCUGACAGAUCACACAGGUAAUAUUCCUUACAUCUGUAAGGAAUGUGGGAAGGUCUUCAUUCAGAGAUCAGAACUGAUCACACACCAGAAAACGCACACGAGAAAGAAGUCCCAUAAAUGCCACGAAUGUGGGAAAGCCUUUUUCCAGAUGUUAUCUCUCUUCAGACAUCAGAGGACUCACACUAGUGGGAAACUCUACGAAUGCAGCAAAUGUGGGAAAGGCUUCUCCCAGAAUUCAACCCUCGCCAUCCAUCAGAAGAUUCAUACGGGUGAGCGCCAGUACGCAUGCGGUGAAUGUGGGAAGGCCUUCACCCAGAAGUCAACGCUCAGCUUGCACCAGAGAAUCCACUCGGGGGAGAAGUCCUAUGUGUGCAUUGAGUGCGGGCAGGCCUUUGUCCAGAAGGCGCAUCUGACUGUUCAUCACAGAGGCCACACCGGAGAGAAACCUUACCCAUGCCACAGCUGUGGGAAAGCCUUCAUUUCCAAGUCACAGCUUGAUAUACAUCACCGGAUUCAUACUGGGGAGAAGCCUUACGAAUGCAGUGACUGUGGAAAAGCCUUUACCCAGAAGUCACACCUCAACAUCCACCAGAAGAUUCACACCGGAGAAAGACAACACGUAUGCAGCGACUGUGGGAAAGCCUUCAACCAGAAGUCCAUACUCAGCAUGCAUCAGAGAACUCACACCGGGGAGAAGCCUUACAAAUGCAGCGACUGUGGGAAAGCCUUCACUUCCAAGUCACAGUUCAAAGAGCAUCAGCGGAUUCACACUGGAGAGAAACCCUAUGUAUGCACCGAAUGUGGGAAGGCCUUCAACGGCAGGUCAAAUUUCCACAAACAUCAGAUGACGCACACCAGAGAGAAAACCUUUGCCUGUUACAAAUGUGGGAAUGCCUUUCUCCAGAGAUCAGAAUUGAUGGCACAUCAGAGAACGCAUGUUGGAGAGAAGGCUUAUGAAUGCUGUGACUGUGGGAAAUCCUUCAGCAGGAAACCACAGCUCCAAGUGCAUCAGCGGAUUCACACGGGAGAGAUGCCCUACGUAUGUUCUCAGUGUGGGAAGGCCUUCAACAACAGAUCCACUUUUAAUAAACACCAAACUACUCAUACUAGAGACAGGUCUUAUUAA